AUGGUGAAGAGGCUUAAACCGUGGAUGCAGGGGAUUAUCACAUUGACACAGUCGGCGUUUGUCUCUGAGCGACAGAUCUUUGAUAACAUUACAGUGGCUCAUGAGAUGAUCCAUUCUCUCGGUGUGAAAGAGGAUGAGGCGGCGGAGUGGAUGGUAGCCAAGACUGAUAUGUCUAAGGCAUACGAUCGCGUUGAAUGGGGCUAUCUUAGAGCUUUGCUGUGCGCUUUGGGUUUUGACAAGACAUGGAUCAACUGGGUCAUGAAAUGCGUUACUUCGGUGACAUAUUCAGUGUUAAUCAACGACCAGGCGCAUGGAAUGAUAGUGCCCCAGCGGGGACUUCGUCAAGGGGACCCUUUGUCCCCACUGUUAUUUGUUCUCUGCACCGAAGGAUUAUCCCAUUUGCUGCUCAAAGCGGAGCAUGAAGGAAAAGUGGAAGGGAUUAAGUUUGGUGCGUCGGGACCUGCUGUUAAUCAUAUGCUGUUCGCAGACGAUUGUCUUUUUGCGUGUAAAGUGCAACAAGAUCAAAGCAUGUAUCUCCUGCACCUCCUAAAGACAUACGAGCAGGGCACUGGGCAAAUGAUCAAUCCGGCAAAGUCAUCGAUAAUUUUUGGAAAAGGAGUAUCGGAGGUGAACAAAAACAGAGUCAAACAGAGCCUGGGUAUAAUGGCAGAAGGAGGGGAAGGUAAAUACUUGGACCUCCCUGAAGUACUCAAAGGGUCCAAGGUAACAUCCUUUUCUUAUCUUAAAGAACGUAUGGCUGCAAAGGUCUCAGGGUGGUAUGCAAAAACGCUCUCUCAAGGGGGCAAAGAAAUCAUGCUGAAAACAGUUGCCUCAGCUAUUCCGGUGCACACUAUGUCAGUGUAUAAGAUUCCCCAAACCCUUGUCGCAAGUAUGCAUAGCAUCAUGGCGAACUUUUGGUGGAACAAUGCGGAGCAUAAAAGCAGAAUACACUGGAUUGGAUGGGACAAGCUUUGUUUGCCAAAAGAAGCUGGAGGGAUGAACUUUAAGGAUUUAGAAUGGUACUCAAAAGAAAAAUACUUCGAAGAUGCGACGAUGAUCAAUGCACAAUUGGGCAGAAAACCUUCUUAUGCGUGGAGAAGUCUUCUCUUUGGGAGAGAACUGCUGCUUGCAGGCCUCAAACGUUCCAUAGGGGAUGGAGCCACUGUGUAUGUUUGGUCAGAAGCGUGGCUUGGGGAUGAAAAUGGAGAGUGUAGGGCUCCAUUAAGAAGACAAACUUCCUUUGAUGUAAACCUGCGGGUAUCAAGCUUGAUUGAUCACCAGCGUAGACGAUGGAAUCGUAGGUGUCUGGAAGAGUUGUUCGUCCCGGGAGAUGUCAAGAUUUUAAUGAGAAAUCAACAUGUGGUCAUGGACAAAGAUACCUGGGUAUGGCGAUUUUCUAGAGAUGGAUGUUACUCUGUCAGAUCAGGUUAUGACUUAGCCUUCUCGCGGAAGCAUAAGGAGCUGAUCCAGAGCCAAUCUACACUUUCGUCCAUCAAUCCACUCAAGGCUGAUGUUUGGCAGCUACUGGCACCACCAAAAAUAAAGGUUUUCAUUUGGAAGGCUUUAUCAGGUGCUAUCUCUGCUCUUGAUGUCCUCAGAAGUCGAGGAAUGAAGUGUGACUCUGUGUGCCAAACAUGCGGCAUGGAUGGAUGUCUAUUUGAUGGAGAGCAAAUUUGUGCUAAAGUGCGUGAGGAAUCUCACCUUUGGUUAUUAGCACAAACCAUGGAGUCAGGGGUGAUGGUGAGUAGCAGGGUAAAUGCCAGGCAGCAAGGGGACGCAUGGAAACCACCAGAUGAGGAAGAAGUUAAAUGUAAUGUGGGUAUGAAAUGGUCUCAGCAGCAUAAGAUUCUAGGGGCUGCUUGGGUUUUAAGGAAUCGCAGAGGAGAAGUCCUGCUCCAUAGUCGUAGAUCGUUUGGCGCAGUGGAUUCAAAGGAUGAAGCAUACUUUUUAUGCCUUGCUUGGGCAAUCGAAAGUAUGUUUUCUCACAAGUGCCUGAAUGUGUACUUUGCAUUUGAAUGUCGAUGUUUGGUUAAUGCUAUCAACAGGCCCCAUGUUUGGCCUUCCUUCAAGUUUAAAGUGCUGGAAAUCAGGCUUUUACUUAGACAUUUUUUGAAGUGGCGUGUAGUUUUUGAGUCGUUUGAGGCCAACCGUGAAGCCCGUUUGAUUGCUUUUGGUUUGGCUGGUGUGUGGAUCUUCUCUUGA